CUCACAUCAAUAUUGAAAAUUUGCUUUACUGGCUUGUCUCUUUCGAUCAGCAGCCCGAGAGCCGCUUGCAGUCUCAAGAUGCUUUCCAAAUCUCUAAUUUCCCUGUCCAGCCUCCUGGCUUUGGCAUCAGCCAUUACCAUCACCGAACCCAAGCAGGGCGCCAGACUCGACUUCAGCGGCAGCAACACCAUCUCGUGGACCUCUGUGGACACCGACCCCGUCUCCUUCGAGAUCGUCCUCGUGUCCCCCAACAACUCCACCAUUUCCGAGUCAGUCGUGGCCAACUCCGUCAACACCACGGAGAACAAGUACAGCUUCUCCAACUUUGUCACUCCAGUGGGCGACAACUACCAGAUCAACUUCAUCGGCAAUACGGGCACCAACAGAGGCAUCAUCAGCCAGUCCCAGACUUUCGCCGUGACCAGGUCCGGUGUCGCUUCGUCUUCUACAUCCUCGGCUGGCUCGACUGCUACUGCUACGAGCACAGGGUCAUCGGCCAGUGCUACUGCCUCUUCUGACACGAGCGGUGCAAGCCCCCUCGGUGUGAGCUUUGGGAUUGCUGGGCCUGUUGUUGCAGCCCUUGCCAUGCUGCUCUAGACACAUUCACUAUUUUUGGGCCCUUGGCCAUGAACCUUAGAGAUAGACUUUUCAAUGUACUAGAGAUAGCUGCGAUUUAACACAUAGAUUGUUUGUUU